UUUCAUCAUAUAAUAAUAAAUGUCCAAGAGAGGAUUCUCUUCGAGAGUGUUUUAAUAAAUCUUCUAUUAAAGGAUCCAUCAAUUUUCGGAAUGAAUUUGCCUAUAAUGGUGAUCUUUCCAUGGAAUAUAAUGCACGAGUAAUUUAUUUUCCAGUAGCAUUUGUUCAUCCGAUAGAUGUAUUAGAUGUUCAAAAUGCUAUCAAGUGUGGAUCAGAAUUAAAUUUUCCAGUAGUUGCAAGAUCCGGUGGUCAUUCUUAUGAAAGUUAUAGUAUUGGAGAUGGAGAUUGUUAUUUAAUUAUUGAUCUUGUAAACUUAAAAGAUAUUGCUAUUAAUACAACUACGCAAACUGCUGUAAUCGGAACUGGGAAUACUUUAGAAUCAUUUUAUUUCGCAGUGAAUAAGUAUGUAUUUGCGUUUCCAGCUGGAGGAUGUCCUGGUGUUGGAGUUGGUGGUCAUAUAAUGGGUGGCGGUCAAGGACUUCUCAAUCGAAAAUUUGGAGUGUCAUCAGACAAUAUUCUUGAUGCAGAAAUUGUUUUAGCAAAUGGGACAGUAAUUCAUAGUGUCAAAGAAUAUCCUGAACUACUCUGGGCUAUUAGAGGUGCAGGGAAUGCGGGCUAUGGUAUUAUUACUUCUUUAACACUUAAGAUACAUCCUAUUCAGAAGAUUGUAAGCUCUGUUCUUUUUACAUACGAUUUUAAUCAAAUUCCAUUAGUAUAUUCAGUAAUGAGUAAAAUAGCAGAUAAUCUUCAUCAAAAUUUAAGUUUUGUGAUCAAUCAUUUGCCUUUAUAUAAAAUUUAUGUUCGUGGAGUUUUUCUAGGACCUACAAAUGAAUUACAAAAUCAUGUACAAGAAUUUAUUAAAUUGACGGAACCUAAAAUUGUGACAUAUACUGAAGGAGAUUGGUUUAAUAUGACAAUUGAUUAUACUGAUUCAUUAGAAACUCGUUCUUCUUUUAAAGCAAAGUCCUUUUUUGUUAAUUUAAUGGGAAUAUCUGAUGAAGGUGUUAAAUAUUUAAUGAAAUUUGUGGCAAGUUACAAAUGUUUAAUGACUUUCGAAUCACUGGUAUUUGGUGGAGGAAGAGUUAAUGAAGUUAUGCGAAAUGAAACUGCAUUUGUUCACAGAGGUUUUAUGUAUAGCAUAUUAAUCAAAGCAAAUACGACCAUCUCUGAAACGUGUUUAGAAGAUUUAGAAAUUUUUUCAAAAUAUUUUCAAAAAACUUAUACUAGUUAUGAAAGUUAUCAAAAUUUAAUUGAUAGAAAAUUAGAUCAUUGGCAAUGUAGAUAUUAUAGGGAGAAUUUUAAAAAAUUGGUGGAAAUUAAACAGCAAUAUGAUCCUUAUAAUUUAUUUCACUGGAAUCAAAGUAUACCUAUCGAAACUAAUAUUUCAUGUUAA